GGAUUUUGCCGUGAAGUUGCCCCUGCUGUCACUUUUCCGCAACGGUGUUGGUACCUUGGUCAAGGUCACUUUAGACCUCAACCUUUCAGUAACCGUGACCAGGUCACCUUAAUAUCACCGGAAAGUUGCGGCUAAGUCACUUCUUGCACUUGCAAUUUUCGUGAUAUUCUGCCCGCUCUCCGACCGUCGGAUCCACAUCAACAUGGGCAUCAACGGCUACCGCCCCAUCGUGAAUCUCCGAGGAACUGCCACUUCAUUGGACGAAGACUCUCUCGCAGCGGUGUUGGAGGCGGCGACCAAUGAGAAGAAGCCAAGUCACAUUCGAGAGCUGGAGUAGGAUAAGCUCAGCGCUGACGAAGUUGCUGAGCUGGAGAGAAUGUGGGCGAAUGGGAGCCUUCCAUUGACUGGUGAGGUGGCAGCUGCGCUUGAGUGGGAGAUAAGGAGAGGGGAGGAGGAGCAGCAGCACUCGAUUCAGUAUGCCGAGCAUGAGCUCAAGGCGAAACUGCUCGAAGGAAAGGCGAUUCGCAGUUGGAUCAGGGAACUCCAUGUGAUGUGGCGCGAUGAGAUUGACCAGCACCACUCGGCAUACAUCAAGGCGCAAGACAGCAAGGAGCAGGGGCGGGUCAGCGGCGGGCUCAUCGAUCGGAUGGAGACCGACGGCCAGCGGGUGACCCCUCCUUUCGAGCCCCGGUCUUUCGUCUCUGGAAGUGGUGGUUUCACGCUGUUGCUUGCGGAAACGGGGAGGAGCUGCAAGGGAAGGAGGAGGACGAGUUCCGCCUGACAGUCGAGGGAGUGUUGAACAUGGGGGUCACGGCGCGAGUGGUGCAUCCGCUCAUGCAGACUGCGGAUGAGGCACAGGCGCACUUCAACGUGGUUAUAGAAUGUAAGGAAUGCUCUCUUUAUAAAAGCUCGGCUUUCAUCCUACAAGGGGAUGCUCUCUACUUGGUGGUGUGCAGCCAUUUUCAUCAUCUUAGAGACUGUCCUCCAUUGCCUCGGAAUGACGACAAGGACUCCCUUGAGGUCAAGACACCAAAUACAGCAACCCAUGCACUAUGGACAGGGACUACGAAUAUGAUGCAUGCAAGAAAGAAUGGAACCUACCCAUUUCCCAACUCAAAUGUGCUCUGUCCCUUCCUGACGCAAGCAUCGCAACCAGAUGAGAAGACUUUGACAGAAUCCCGGACGAUCACUUCUUGCACCGAGAGAAUCACCCCUUCCUUCUCACCCCAAGGACCACGCUCCUCGCACGAAGUGACAUCAAGAACCAUAAUCGGUGGUACCUCAGUAGCUGAUGUAGCCAACGCAUGGUUUGCUCACGACGGUACAUCUCUAAUGUCGUCGCAACUCCCAAGCCGACCUUCGUCACUAUCCAAGGUAACAACCAGCGGCUGUGUGUCAACCCACGAGGAAUCGUCGCCCUGCAGUCCCAGAACACGAGAACGCAUAUCACCUUGUAUGAUGUGCUCAUCGUCCAGGACUUGCCGUGCAAUCUGCUCUCAACCUCACGACUCGUCUCCUGCGGCAUCGAAUUGUGCACCGACCUUGUCGCAGGGGAUAUCAAACUACACUACUGACGAUCUAAAGAGCCAAGAGAACUUACUGACAACACCUUGGAAGGCAUUGCGGAGCAAGCAGUCUCAAACUUCUCUAUCUCAACCGCAACAGCAUGACUGAUGCUGGCCUGCUGCACUUGGCUUGCCUUCUGUCGCUCAAGACAUUGGUACUCUACUGGCAUGGAACAUGUUGGGAGGCUGAUAGGCCUUGAGGAUCUGUAGUUUCUUGGGAGUCGGGUAAAGGAUGAUGGAGGCAACUUACAUCAUUGAACAAGCUAAAAAAGUUCGUACUUUCGGAGAUGAUAACUGAUAUGGAACUAGGGCACAGAGGAAUCUUUGCAGCUUGAAGCAUAUGAGAUUGUACAGUUAGACACACGGAGGGGAUCCAUGGCGUGUUGGGUCAAACAUUCCAUGGCGAAGCGUCGCGCAAGGUGCGGUCGCCGCCUGCUGACGCGGCUUCUGCGCGAGGUGGUGGACGUGGAGAGCAAGGGCGGCAGGGAACCAUGUCACCUCGAGUUCAUGUUCGAGUGUCUAAACCACCACGACGCGAGCUGUGGGUGGCGUCAUCAAUCAGCCUUGAACAUGCAU